UAGUAGCGCUGUUCCUUCUAACAGUACUUUCGUUUUGUUGCAGGGCAAGCAGAUUUAACACGGGCACCUCCCGCAUUAGAAGCUUUGGAUGAGCGUCAUGAUGCUGAGAUAUACAGGGCGAUACUUACUUCUAUGAAGGACUGGGAACGUAAGAAGCAACAGAAACACAUAACUAACAGGAUCAAGCGAGAAGAUGUUCCCAGUGCUUGCUAUCCAGAUCUCGGAUGUUUCGAAGCAUCCGGACCCUUUGGGUAUUUGGACACGUUGCCAAACAAACCCGAGGAAAUCAGCACCAAAUUCUGGUUGUAUCCAGGGAGGAGUAGACGAAGAAGUGGAUCACCUCCAGCAGAGGUGCCGUUUGAACGUAUGGACGAGGCCUUCGAAUGGGCCAAGCAGGGCUUCAACAAGAGCUUACCAACGAAGGUGCUCAUCCACGGAUUCGGUAGCGACUGCAGCUACAUCUGGGUCUACGAAAUCAGGAGUGCUUUGAUGGCAGUUGAAGAGGUGAACAUCAUCUGCGUAGACUGGAGCAACGGUGCAGCUCUUCCCAAUUACGUGAAGGCUUCCGCCAACACAAGGCUCGUAGGCAAGCAACUGAGCCUCCUUCUUCGUGGCCUGGUAGAGAAAAAUGGAUUGUCGCUCAGGAACACGCACCUUAUCGGGUUCAGUCUGGGAGCUCACAUCGCAGGGUUUACCGGAGCUGAUUUGGGAAACCUCAGCAGAAUAACUGGCUUGGAUCCAGCUGGUCCCCUUUUCGAGGCUCAAGACCCCAGAGCAAGACUCGACGAAACAGACGCAGCUUUUGUAGACGUCAUCCACAGUAAUGGAGAAAAUCUCAUCCUGGGAGGCCUAGGGUCAUCUCAACCCAUGGGUCACGUGGACUUCUUUCCCAAUGGAGGCAGAAUGCAGAAGGGAUGCAGUCAUUUGUUCGUUGGCGCUGUGACAGACAUCAUUUGGUCAACGGCAGUAGAAGGAAGAUCCUUAUGCAAUCAUCGGAGGGCUUACAAGUUCUUCAUAGACUCCAUCUCCCCCAGGUGCCAUUUUCCAGCUUUUCCGUGUAAAUCAUAUGAUGACUUCAUAGCAGGAAAAUGUUUUCCUUGUACAGAAGAGAGGCAGUGCGGCAACAUGGGCUACUAUGCUGAUAGGUCCAAAGGUAGAGGACAACUGUACCUGACGACGAGGGAUGAAGAGCCGUUUUGUGCUUAUCAGUACCACGUCAAAAUCGAAUCUCUACCAAGCCCGCUUCCUGUAAAAAGCUACGGCAAGAUCCAGAUCACUGUAGUAGGAGAAUCUUUGCUCAAUGAAACAUUUAUGAUGACUAGGAAAGAAGAUGAAGAAAUGACUUUGGGACAGUCAAUUUCCAGGAUAAUCGUACCACAUCCUAUCCUAGCUCAACCAACCAGGAUAGAGAUAUUGUACACGGCAUACAGCGGAUGGCUAUCAUCGGGACUUACCCAGUGGAGAAUGGACAAAGUUACACUCAUGGAUAGCUUCGGCAAGAUGUCAUCGGUAUGCAAAAAGAAUCUAAUUCUACAUUCCGGAGUGCCGGUUCUACUCCCGCUAUACCCGGGCGAAUGCAACCUCCCGAAGGACCAGUUCGAGAAUAUCGCAGAUGACAGAAUCGAUGACAAGCCCAACGACACCGACAAGCGACCAGACUUCACGCCCACUCAAGUGGUUCGGGUUGGAUUGGAAGACAACGAUAACAAAUCGGACAAACCGAAUCUUUUUCGGGACACCAUGGGCAUUUUUAACAUCCCUUGGAGCAACGACAAGGAGAAUGAUAUUUUAGAUACCGAAGCGUCUGAGUCCAGCAGGGCGUUCAACACUAGGAUCAUCAAGGUUGAUAAUGCGAUCGCUAGUAAUGAGGAUGGGCUGGUAAAGGAGAUUGUUGAGCCGAUUUUGAAGCCGCAUUCGAGUAAGAAUGCCAGGUCGCAUGAUCCUGAUAGGGAGAAGGUGGAGAUUACAGAACCUAUAUUAGGUCCGACUACCGCCAAAAGCAUCAAAGCAACAGCCAUAGUUAGCACUACGACUACAACUACUACCACCACCACAACUACAAAAGCCCCAGUUAUUGAGUUGAAGACAGAGGCGAAAAGUUCUGUCAAAAUUGCGUUCGACAAUGACUGGGUACCGAAACAAGUACCGACGAAUCCAAAACAUGAGGGAAAGAGAAAGAGGCAAGACGAGUCAAAGGUGAUGCCCGGUUUCGACCGACCUAGCCAAGAUCCUCUAGAGUCACUUGCGACCACCGUCCAAUUUCUACCUCAAAGACUUGCCAGAAUGUUCCAGCAGGCAGAAAAGUACGCCAGAGAUAACAUUUUGCCCUUAGUUAGCACUUAUACCCCUAGAUUCAUCGCUGAUAUGAUCACUCCCAGGGAGACCACCCCUAAGUACGUGCCCCUGCAUUACGAUGAGACCACGACGAGGAAAAGUUCGAAGCCUAAAUCUAAGAGCGUUGAGGAAACGGACAAACCCAUGUUUGAGGUUAGCGAGUCCAGACAUGUAAUCGUAGAAAAAGAAUUUAAACCAGUUACCGAUCCAACAACUCCACACACCCAUAUACAGAGGCUCACAAAGAAAUCCGAGGAAGAAGAAGCACAGUUGAAGGCUAUGCUGAUGGCGUCUACUAAGAAGAUCAUGAUGACUACAACCAGCAUUCCUGAGUCGACUCCUACGACUACCCCUGCUCCUACAACGACUUCAACCAAAAAGGCACCAGCUACGAAAGAGUACAGCCGAAGAGCUAGAGAUGAUAAUAACGUCCAGCCCCUACGACCACCCCAGGACCCCCUGGAAGCUAUCAUAACCCAAGUUCAGAUCCUUCCCGAAAACCUAGGUAGAAUGUUCCAACAAGCCGAGAGGUUCACUCGGAAUACGGUACUUCCUCUAGUCAGUAGGUUCACACCAAGGUUCAUCACGAACAUGUUCAACCCUAGACCGAGGGAAGGUCCCAGGUACAUUCCUUUUAUUGGAGGUGAGACUAGUGUACAUACGCCUACUGUCAGGCUGAACGAACCAGGUCGGAACAAGAGGAACCAGAGGUUCAACCCACCACCCAGGGUAGAGGAGGAACCUGACGACGAUGGUACUACAACUACUACUACAACUGAAGCUUCUACGAUAGGAAGUUACAUACAAAAGAUUCCAAAAAGGAAAAAGGCGUAAAUGCGCUACUUAGGUAAUGGGGUACCAUAGAAUGAUUGAAAAAUAUCAGUGAGUCGGUGUCGCUAUAUAUUAGUUACGCUUAUAAGAGAUGGAGUCUUCAAUUUGCUUGUACGUACAAGAAACCUUUUUCUUGGCAAGAUUUAUAUAUUUUUAUUGCAUCUGGUGCUGCAGUGGGUCUGGUGGCUUUGUAUUCACUGGUUUGCCUUGUCAACAAAAAAUAUCAAUAUUGUUAUUCAAAGCACACUGUCUUGCUUAUAUCGCAGUCAUGGAACAAUUAUUAUUUAAAAACUUGCCGCAUCUCAAAUGCAGCAUUUCACGACGAAUACUAUACAAGUCCAGCAUCACAGGGAGUGUACGUGACAAAUCUGGCUCAGUCCGGGAUCGGCAUUCCGGAUCGGAUCAUGUGUUCAACAAGGUGCAAUUUGAUAAGUGCCAUAAUGAUGUAGCCGGAUGGCACGAUAAGUGGCAAGGUGCACUGUUCCACUAUGUUCGUGCCCUAAGGACGAGACUAGAGUUGCGACUAUAGUAUCUGUGUGAAAUAUAAUGUAUCUCGGUUUCUUGUAAUUAUCCAGAAACUAUCGCUGGGAGGAGAUUCCAUUGAUUUCGAUCAGCGUUCAGCCUGAUGUCACAAGUUUCUCUUUGUUGUCAAGAUUUUAAUAAAAAUUGUUUCAAAUAGCCUAGCUGUGAACUUAAGGUUAUAUUUUGAUAGGCAUUUUCAUCUCAGACUACUAGCAUGCUAGUUUUGGAUUGCUUGCAUGUUUGUGUCUCAUGUCGAACUUUCACUCUUUGGUAACAGUAGAAGUUUCCCAUUCAAUAUACCUUGCACUGCGGUCACCUGUAACACUCUCUAUGAUGUCACGAUGCAUAACAUUUUUCUUAUUUCUCAUGGUCACUUUGUACCAAGUUACUGUUGUAAAUACACUCUCCUGUAUAAUAACCUUUGUAAAAAGUCAACAGACGUACAUGUAUCCAUACGAUUUCAACAUCCUAAGUUCUGCUGAGUAUGUCUUGUACAGUAGUUACGGCCAAAUAUGAGGCUCAGACAAAUGCAGUAUCAGAACCUUAACUAUAUAUUAUCGAACUAUCAAGUAUUUUCAUGAAAACCAAUGCAAAUCUUUUUGUAAUAAUGCAUAGAAAAGUUAAGUUAAAAUGACUUGGAAAUGACCUUCAAAUACCCUCAUAGAGACAAACUACUGAAAAUCGUAUAGAUUAUGCAGAAAUUGUUUUCUGACAGCUGUUUGAUGUUCUAGAGCAAUGUGUGAUAGUUGCACUCGUCAAAACAAAAAAACAAAUAACAGCUGAUUAUUUACUAGUACCUAUAUACCCUAUAUCGUCAGGUGGCAGUAUUGUACCUAGUAUUGUACAGUUCAAAACUAUUACAAGGGGGCAGUCAAACUGUCCUCACAAUGUCAGUCGUAAUCAAUACUAUAGGGACAUUUGAUAUGAGUCAAUCAAAGUUUUACCUGACAUAAUAUACAGUCUGAAAGGUUCUGGAACCCCACGACAAUUAUUGAACUUAUAAUGGUAUGAAAAAACUGAGUUUACCCCAGCUAUCUAAUAAUGACAUUGGAUUCGACCUUGACCAUGAUCUUCAAAGUCAUUCGAAGGUCAAGUCGAUUUUUUAAAUGUAACCUUUCUGGGCCCAGAAACGUACAGAAAUGUGGUCUAGAUCAUCCCAAAAUUUUGACCUUGGUAGGUCAUUAUCAAGGUCAAGCCCAGGUAUGGUGAUAUAGCUUGGGAAACACCGACUUAUUAUUUUCAUGAUUUUCCUUGGAUAUCUAAUGAUGACCUUGGACCUGACCUUGUCCGUGACCCUGAAGGUCAUUUGGAGGACGACUCUUUUUUUCAAUGGGUCCACGAAAGUAAAGACAACAUUUUAUGUUCAAAUAUGUCCUUGACCAGUUUUGGAACAUCGGAAUUGACCAUCAAGGUCAAACACAAGUUUACAUUAAUUUAUUGAUAAUUCAAAUAACAAAAAUCGACUUGACCUUCAAAUGAGUUAUGGUCAAGGUCAAAUCCAAGAUCACUAUUGUAAAGCUGGGAAAAACUCCAUUCAAUCGAGGGUAUUAGUUUUUUCAUACCAUUAUUAGUUUACUAAUUAUCAUGGGGCUCUAGAACCUUCCAGAAUAUGAAGAUUCAGUUAAUUCAAAUUGCGCGGCACUGCAAAUGUCGAUAUUCAGCUCUCCGUCAGAGGUUGUAACAGAACCAGUUGAGAUGUGCGGAAGAUAAAUUCGUUUGCGGAAAUGUGUUUUAGGAUCAGUUCCACUCCACUUAAUUCGCGGUCCACACGGAGCUUUGUUUAUCUGCUUUGAACGUUAACUAUUGAUCGGUGGUGUAGCGCGAUGGAAACAAGAUAAAUUUGUCUUUUAAGAAAGAGCUGCAAGUACAAACAAAGCGGUCGUAUACCGCCAUUACGUGGAAAUAUUCUUACAUGUCAACAGAGUGAGAUUGAGCAGAUUAUUAUCACAGAUUCAAGAGCAAACAGAGGCAGGUAUCGGGCAUAAUUAACAACCUGGGAUAUGCUUCAAAGAUUGCACAGUUUUACCGUUAGCUAAACCCGCCUGUCUCGAUAAGCAAACAUAUAUUUUGUUUCAGUUUUUCCGUGAAGAUGCUGACAUAAGCUAGCAGUACUUAGAAGUAUGCCUAUGUUCCCAGGCUCAGUAAAAAAAACUAAACUAAAACACUAAAGUUCGUUAAGAGACAGUUUUGAAGAAGGCCAAUCUUUUCAAUCUUAGUCUAGCACAAAUGCAUUUACUUUCAGUUCUGAUAUCGUUUUGGAUCAUUUUGAUUAAUACGGCAGGUAGCCAAGCUGUUAGAUAGCCACAGACCACCGUAACAUGUGCUUGGCAACCUUCCUUGUAAAUAUGGUCUUCAUUACUAUUAAGCAGUCUAUUUUGCGUUACUCCCUGUAUACAAUAAUUACUAUUUAUAUAUCUUAUACCCUAACCAUUGUACAUAGUUGUAAAUAGCUUUCCAAUUUAUAUUUUUUACUAGUGCGUUUGUAAUAUAAUCAUCGAAUAAAGCCAUUCGAUUGUA